AUGGAGCUAAGUAGCAAAAAGAUAAGGAUUACUGGUGCAUGUAUUGGGGUAGGACUUAUGGUUGUGUUUAGUGGGUGGUUGGUAUAUCGUUUACGGCCAUGGUACACUUCAACAACUCUGCCUCAACCAUCUCAACCAUCUCAACUUCCUCUACCAAAUGAGCCAAUUCAAUCUUCGCAGCCAAGCCCGUCCUCUCAAUCAAGUACUCUUCAAUUAAAUAUGACCUCGCCCGAAGCCGGUGAAUCAGAUGAUGUGAGCAUAGAGCUAACACCUCAGGGUUACAUAAAGGUUAUGUGGAUACAUAGACAAGAGCUAAUUCAGCAAAAUGAUACAACCCCGCUAGACUCAAUUGCUAUGAUGAAGCAGGCCCAGGAGAAUAUAGGUCUCGUCUUUGCGUUUAUUCCUUUCUGCAUAGACCAUGAGCGUAUCCAACAUGAGUUUUUCCUGCCGAUGGUUAAUCUCCGUGAUGAUAUUACCUAUUCGAGCGAGAAAGAGCAACUUGCUCGGACCUUUAAUACACUAGUAGCCGGUACAAAGUCUUGGCCAUUAUCUGACGGGUUUUCUUUCUUAAAUGAGAAAUAUCGUCCUAUCUGGUGCCAUAUUCUUGGUUACUUCCCCAACAUUUACUUGCACCUAGCCCAAUAUCUAACUAAUGAUGAGGUGAAGAGCCUUCAGAGCCAACUAGAUCUACAUGCUAGCCUUGGGCCAUUUGAAAAAGACGAUGAAAAUGACAUCUUAACACCCCUGCCAGUUAGGAAUUUUGUUUGGGCUGUUGCUAAGCACGUUAAUCUGGGCGGAUUUAGUGACAAGUGUGAAUCGAUUUUCUAUAAGAUAAAAGAGUUCAAGUCAAAUCAAACCCACUUAAAGGAGAUGAAAGAUUUAUACUAUCUUGAAGCUCUUCUGUUUUCGAUCGAUGUGUUCUCGUAUUUAGCGCCGAUUGAGAAAGGACUUAGGGAUGAGAUUGGGCUGGUAUUAAAUGAACUUGAAGACGCGGUUGAUAUUGCCCAUGCGUCCACUAAUAUAGAAACAGCUAGUACGGACUUUAAGAGCUAUUUUGACGACCAUACUUCAGCUCUUAUUAAUGUGACCGAGAAGUGUCUUUCAUUCCUCCAGGCAAUAAUUGACGCGGCCUCGCCCGUUUGGACUUAUUCUAAGGUUUUCCAUGACGAUGGACUGGAUAACCCAGAAGAUGUUGUUGCCUCGGGAAUAUUGUGGAAUACUUUGAAUCCGGAUAAUCUUAUUGGCAGCAUUAUACUAUGCCAUGGUCAAAUAGUUGACUAUUAUGGUCGUGCCUUUUCUAAAUAUCAGGAAUGUGCGCAGUAUUUACGAGAGGCACCCAUCAGCAGCUCAUCUACAUCUAGUCCAUAUGAAUCAGCAGAGGAAGCUCAAAGUGAAUCUCAAGCUAUCGAGCCCGUUGUCUGA